AUGUAUGACAUCACAUUCAACUUUGCUCAGGGCUGUCCUCAAGCGGAUCAAGUGGAAAAUGCGGGGAUUGGGCAAUUUGAAUGCCUUAUUGAAACAAGCAGUGAGGAUGUGACAGACUUGGUCCCCACUGAAAUUCAGAUUCAGAUUAUCGAGCUCGACCAAAGCAUGCAAAUCAUAAAUCAUGAAGUUGAACUCAACUACCUUGUGGAUGGCGACACGUACACCUUUGCAGCGACCACGGGUGUAACCAUUGGUGGCAUGAGAUUUGUCGCUCAAGGUUUCAAUCAAGUAGGUCAACUAAUCACGUUGACCUGGUCGAUGGAAUUCACGAACGACUGUUCCGUAUUUCCAGUUCUCUCGGUUGGCGACUUUCAAGGAUGGACCAUGGUGACGGCUGCCGUUGCUCCACAAGCCUUGGUGUGUCCAGCGGCGGCGGUGGAAGCCACACCUUAG